CCGCUCCCCGGGCGGGCGGGAGCCGCUGCGCCGGGGCCGGCGGCGGGGCCGGCAGCGGCGGCGGGGCCGGCAGCGGCGGCGGGGCCAUGUCGCAGCCCAGCACGCUGCUCCACCUGCUCGCCGGAGGAUGUGGUGGCACAGCUGGAGCCAUCCUGACCUGUCCCCUGGAAGUGGUGAAGACACGUCUGCAGUCAUCCCAGCUGGCACUGCGGCCUCUGUGCCUUCCAGAGAUACAGCUGCCAGGGAUGAGUGUGAGGCUGAUGAAUCCCACCCCACCAUCUCCUGGAGUGCUCAAGUUGCUGAGGGCCAUGCUUGAGAAGGAAGGCAAACGGUCCCUGUUCCGAGGUCUGGGUCCAAACCUCGUUGGCGUUGCUCCUUCCCGGGCUAUAUAUUUUGCUGCCUAUUCUGCUACUAAGGAGAGGCUUAAUACUGUCCUGGUACCAGAGUCCAAGAAAGUACACAUUUUAGCAGCAGCCUGUGCAGGCGUUAGCUCAGCCACACUCACCAACCCCAUCUGGUUAGUGAAAACCAGGAUGCAGCUGGAAGCCAGGGUGAAGGGGGAGAUGGCCAGCAAUGCUCUCCAGUGUGCCAUGCACGUGUACCGCACCGAAGGCCUGCGGGGAUUUUACCGAGGGAUCACUGCCUCCUAUGCCGGAGUGUCAGAGACCAUCAUACACUUUGUCAUCUACGAGGCACUGAAAAAGGAGCUGAGAAACAGCCAGCAUUCCCAUUCCCCAUCUCUCACACUUCCACCAAACAACAACAAUUUCUUUGGACUAAUGGGCGCUGCUGCUGUCUCCAAAACAUGUGCUACGUGCAUUGCAUAUCCACACGAGGUCAUCCGGACGCGGUUGCGAGAGGAAGGGUCGCGGUACCGUUCCUUCACCCAGACCCUGCAGCUGGUGCUCCGCGAAGAGGGACCCUCGGCUUUGUACCGGGGGCUGCUGGCGCACCUGAUCCGCCAGAUCCCGAACGCAGCCAUCAUGAUGGCUACCUAUGAACUCAUCGUACACUUGGCCUCUCCCACCUCGUGAGCUGUAGCACUUGGUACAGGGACAUGGUGGCCCCGAGACCUGGUCUUUUGCAGUGCUCUGAGAGGUGGUGCUUCUUGUCACAGGUCAGGUCUAGGUCGGGCAUUCUCAGGACACAAGGACUGUUUUGUGCCAGGAUUUUUGCUCCAAUGUGCACAAUGUAGGGUUUUUUUUGCCUUCUGAACACUUGAAUUAUUCCAGUGCUUCAAGAUGUCAGGGCACUGGUUUGACAGUGCCUGUUGUAAACUCCCUUGAUGAAAGGUGUGGAACUUUGUGGGAAGGAGACAAAGCAGAAAAGUGUAAGAGUGUCUCAGCCCCAACAUGUUCACUUCUUUUGGACCCAGUAACAAUCAUACGUGGGCACAGUUGGGUAUGAAGACAGGCUAGAGCUGAAACAUGAGAGAACUGCAGCAAGCAGAGAUCUUGUGCUGCAACCUUUGCCCUCAGAGGGGCUCUUCCACUCUCACCUACUGUACUGCCUUCUUGCCCCUAAGGAGGAUUUCUCAACCUUGGCUGCCAGCAAGUAGCAGAAUUUUCCUUUGGGUCCCUCACAUGUUGCAGCCAUCGCCCCAAGAUGUGUCAGGCAGCUGACAGCCCCUUUUUGUCAUGCAGGGUCUGAAAAAACAGACCAAGUAGAUCCAGGGAAGAAGCACAACCUUCUCCAAAGCACUGUGCUAACAACUCCUGUGACUGCUGGGCUCAGAGCCAUGCUGUGCUAGUAGCAGUUGUGUUUCCAUCCCGCUCAGCAGAAAGAGGAAGAUGCCUCCUUCCCCCAGAAGUGCCAGGGCUGUUCUACAAGCUGGAACCUCUGGUAUAAAAAGUACUCCAUCAUACUGAUAAAGAAAGCAGAUCAUGUGAAAAUAUGGAUGAAGCUAAGGAGAUUUGGGCUGUUUCUGUUGAUACACUAAGUGUAUGGAAAGAGGCUUAUCUAUUUUCUUUUCCCGUGUUCAAAAAUUCAGUUUGCUGCAUGUGCUCCA